AUGACUGAUUCAGAAACAGAAGAUUACAUGUCAUCAAAAUAUUUAGAGCAAUCAACAUCAAACAAAAAAGCAACAAAAACAUACUCGGAACGUCGUCGUGAAAAACUUUUAUCUAAUCGUGGAUAUAUUAAGCCUAGACAAGAGCUUGAAAAAGAAAGUCGUGAAAAAGGACUUGCCAAAAGGAUCGACGAGGAGGACAACAUUGAAUCGCCUGGGUUGAAAAUAUUAAAAAAAUGGGGAUAUAGAAAGGGGAUGGCAUUGGGCGAAAGUUCUAAAAAUGAGGGCAUAACGGAACCUUUGGGCAUUGAAUUAAAACAAGAUAGACUUGGUUUGGGAAUGUCUACAGAGCUUAAACAAAAGGCCAAGGUGGAAUAUGAAAGAAAAUCAAAGAAAAUCAAAGUGGAUGAAGUCACGUUUCGUGAACGAAUUAGACAAGAACAUCUUGAUAAACGUAUACGAGCGCAAUUAAAAGCUUUACAAAAAAUAUGUGAAACUUUGGAUACAAGAAAGGGAAUUGAGGAUAAUAUUUUAUGGCAUUGUAACGAAUCUGACGAUGAAGAAAAAUCAAAACAAGAUCAUGAUGAUGUUAAUCCUGAUGAUUUAUUGGAGACCAUGAUUAAGACAAUACCACCGGCUAAAGAAUAUUAUUAUUGUUUUUGGUGUGGAUGCAAUUAUGAUAAUGCUGAGGAAUUAAGUAAAGAGUGUCCUGGAGUCGAAGAAGAUGAUCACGAUUAA